GACCGAUGUAUGUUCAUUAUCCGAGUUAACUGUCGACCAAAAAAAAAAGCAAAACAAAGAGCAUUUGGCUUGUAUUCAAUUGCUCAAGUUACCGUGUAAAGCAGAAAACUUUCCCUCCUUCAAUUACGACACUACCAACAUCGCAUUUACUCUUUUAUAUAAGACUGUUUUCAUGGUCCUUUUAUUUCUUGUCGUUGUUUACGUGUAAACAAAGUAAGCAGAAAAUAGGUAGGCAGGGAUAAAAGAAUGAAUGGAUGUAUGGAUGGAUGGGAGGAGGAGUGUCAGGUAUGAUGGGAGGAGGACCAGGUUGGUAUAUAAGAUGCUGUCCAUCGCCUCCUGACUUCACCAGCAUUCAUCUCACCUCGAGGAACAGAAGAGCAGAAAUCAUCCAACAACAAGGAUGUCCAAUUUAAACUCCGAGAAUGCCUCCACUUUGGAGAACGCCAUGCAGCUGAUGAUCCAGACGUUUCACAAGUACUCUGGGAAUGAGGGCGACAAAUAUACUCUCAGCAGACAGGAACUCAAAGAGAUGUUAACACAGGAGCUGGGGAACUACCUUGGGAAUGCACAGGAUAAGGAUGCUGUAGACAAAGUUAUGGGAGACCUGGAUUCAAACAACGAUGGUGAGGUGGACUUCACAGAGUUCAUCAUACUUGUAGGUGCCCUCACCGUCGCCUGCAACGACUUCUUCCUCGAGUAUCAUGAAAAAGAUGGAAAGAAGGAUGACAAGAAGUAGAGAUGCAUUUGUCUAAAGCCAACACAUGACCAGCGAAUGAGGAUGAGGGGAAAAUGAAGGGAGAAGGGGAAUAUGUGUGUUUGUGUGUGUGUG